UUAUGUUCGAUUCUGAGUCUUGCUUGCGUUGUGAUCGUCAAGCUUAAUGCGCUGAGCAACGUUCAAAUUGUCGAGAUACUUGUUUCUAAUUAAUAUCAUGUCCUCAACGUAUAACUCCAUCCAUUAUCGUGCUGAGACUCGCACUCCCAGUCCUUGCUCGUCAUGCUAAUAGUUCUACUGCCGCUGAAUGAACACUCGACCAGAGUGCCUAGUGUUACUUAACUCUAAUGGGAUCUUCAUCAGGCCUCGACUUGAAGACUUCAUCACUAUCACACAUAUUAUCUCCCCUCAGUGCAUGCCCUCAAUUCAGAAUUCAACUCCAGACGCAUCAUAAAUGCUCAUUCCACCAGCAUCUGACGGUUCUGAUCCCCUUCUUCAUUUCUUCGCAUUUCCCCUACUUAACUAUGGAAAGCGUGUAAGGGCAGAGCGCAUCGUCUCCCGUACCCUCCUUUAUAUUCGCACUCUUACCCGCGCGCCGCCGCUACCUGUCCACCGCCAUGCUCUCAUCACCGUUUCCCCUGCUGUCAAGUGCAUGUCACAGAAGCGCUCAGGAAAGAACGUUCAAAAUAAGAGAGGGAAGACGGUGGAGGAGCGUUUAGCACAGGAGAUUAUUGCUGUUGUUAACGGAGAUAGCAAAGCUAUCACUGAGAAAGGGCUGGCGCGUGGACAUGCCAUGGUCAAUAGACAACGGCCGGUCUGUGCAUCUUGCACGGAUUUGUGUGCAGUACAAGCAAUAUCGCUGGAUCAUGAUGUGACGUCAAUCAACGGUGCACUGGAUACACACAAAUAUCCCGCUGCACGACCGCUCUUCCAUCAGGAAGUCACAUGCACCGGAGGCUAUGCUCAUAAGCGAAAUAUAUUUAAUCUGCUUGUUCAUAAUGCGCCAGCCCUCCUGUCUCUGCCUCCCAUGACAGCUUCUUCCAAACUGACAGAGAAAAAUUGGCAUCCAUCCAGCCUUCUUGCAUAUGACACACUUCCGGGUCACCAGGACUUUGACCCGAUAAUAUCUGACGCGAAGUCCACUGCUGAUACUGGAACCGAUUUCUACGACCGCAGUCUGACGAGUCGCAGAUAUGCCCUUGUCGGAGUGGCAUGCUCAUGCAUCUUCAGUUGCUCAUGCAUCGUUGUGGGCAUUGUCAUUCUGGCUAAUCACGGAGUCUUGGGUGUGGUCAUGGUCAACACAGCCCCCGUGAAUGUGGAUGAUGUUCGGUUACCCUUGCAGUGGGAGAUAUUCACCCUGACACUGAACUUAAUUAUCACGUUAUGCACUGAGUCCAUAGGCUUCCUAUACGGCAUCUCAUUGCGCUCUGCGCUAGCCUCUGAGUCCCGGCUUCGCUUCAACACCAAUCUGCGCCUUCUAACCGCAGCUCGUGGAUGGUAUAACCCUAACGGCGCUCUGCUUAACGGUAUCUCGGCUGUCCUCCUCAUUAUAUCCUACAGUUCGGCCUCACUCGUCGUGUGUCUCGACUCUCCGUCGACACCAACAUCAGAAAUACUGGACGGUGUUAUUGCCUUUACAGAGUUACCUUUCAUCAUUUUGGGCGUUGCACUCCUUCUUCAAGUGACGAUCGCAUUGUCAGCGAUGCAGGCUGUCAAAAUAUUGACGUGGAGCUCCUCACCUUUCGACUUGACCGCCGCACUGGUCCACCACACGCGAUUGACUCCUGUUACUUUGCGGUGCAUGCGUUGUGUAUCUGACCCUAGACACGGAUGGAGGUCCAGCAAAGCCACGAGAGAUACAGCCCUCGGCGUGGCAUGCUCACCCUAGCAUCCGGAAAGUUGUCAUUUUUCUUUGGGUGAUCGUUGCAGCAUGCGCUGGAUGGGCCGCACUCGUCAUGUAUAUCUGGGACAAGUACUUGAGUUACGCGUCCAAUGCGCUAACCCCACAAACGUGGUCGUUCUUGCCUAGGUUGCUGUCCAAUCAAAUUCAGUAUUAUCUUCAGAAUUUCAGUUUUCUACUGUAGAUUCUGCUCUUGGUCAACAUCGCAGUUGUCCAGGGACCGUUGACACUUGGGCUGCAUUGCUCGGAGCUCAUCGCAAAUGUCAUUCGAGACGAAAGACAGUGGAGAUGCGCUACCGG